GAUAAUCAAAAGUUUUUUAAGAGAGAAUAUGGGGCAUUUCUCAUCCAUGUUUAAUGGACUGGCUAGAUCUUUAACGAUGAAGAAGGGUCAGAGGAGGAGUUACGGUGGUUGUGGCGGAAAAGAGGCGGUGGAUGACAUAGUAACAGAAGCAAAGAAGAACGAUUUGAUAUUACGAUCUUCGGGUUUCGUUUCUGUUGAAGGUUCAAACAAUUUUGCAUCUGUUUUCUCAAGGAGAGGUGAAAAAGGAGUCAACCAGGAUUGUUGCAUUGUUUGGGAGGGAUUUGGGUUCGAAAAUGACAUGAUCUUUUGUGGGAUUUUCGACGGGCACGGUCCGUGGGGUCAUUUUGUGGCGAAGAGGGUGAGAGAGACGAUGCCGACUUCCUUGUUAAGCAAUUGGCAGGAGACAAUAGCUGAGGAUUUUCUUGAGAAUCCAGAAAAGAAUGUUCAUAAGUUCAACAUAUGGAAGCAUUCGUAUCUCAAGACUUGUGCAGCCGUGGAUCGAGACCUUUUACAUAGCCGCAAAAUAGAUGCUUUCAACAGUGGAACCACCGGACUCACUAUUGUCAGACAGGGAGAACAAAUAUUCGUUGCAAAUGUUGGCGAUUCGAGGGCAGUUCUAGGAACCAUAUCGGAGGAGGAUGGAAGAUUGGUGGCGGUUCAGCUCACCAUUGAUUUUAAGCCCAAUCUUCCUCAGGAAGCUGAGAGGAUAGCAGAAUGCAAAGGACGAGUAUUCUGUCUAGAGGACGAACCUGGUGUGCACAGGGUCUGGCUGCCAAAUGUGGAGUCCCCUGGAUUGGCUAUGUCUAGAGCCUUUGGUGACUAUUGUAUAAAGGACUUUGGACUCAUUUCCACGCCUCAAGUUACACAAAGACAAAUCACUGCCAAAGACCAAUUUAUCAUUUUGGCUACAGAUGGGGUAUGGGAUGUUAUUUCGAAUGAAGAAGCGGUGGAGAUAGUGUCUACAACGGAGGACAAGAAGAAGUCUGCGAAGCGGCUGGUGAAGUGCGCUGUAAAAGCAUGGAAUCGGAAGAGGAGAGGGUAUGCAGUGGAUGAUAUUUCAGCAAUUUGUCUAUUCCUUCAUCAUUCUUCUUCUUCUUCUUUAUCUUCUCAGUUAGUUCAUCCUGUUAAGUUUGCAGCCCAAACAAGAAUUUGAGGCAUUUUCAUAAAUUGUGUGAUUAUUAUAAAAUAGAUAGAUUGUGUCCAUCAU